UCUUCCAUUUCCCUCAGCAUACAUUCUUCCCUCAAACCCCCUUCUCCUCACCAUAAUAUUUUAGUUUCUCUGUCUCCAGACAUUAAUUAGCGCUGCUUAAAAUUCUUAGUCAUGGAUACCCGAGCUCUCAGUAGUAUUACAGUCCCUCAAUUUCUUCCUCUACAGACAAAAUUACACAGGCCAUCCCUUACGCGCGUUCCCUUGAAGAAGAAGAUGCCAAGAUUUGCUGUUAAAGCUGCAACUUCUGGCGGCUCAGAACAUCGGAGCAUUGUGGACGAAGAUAUGUUAGUGUUGAGAAAACGGAUGCAUGAACUGAGAAUGGAAGAAAUAAAUUAUAUUCCUCCACAGCACUGGAUGGAGUGGGAAAAGAAAUGGUAUACAACUUAUGAUUCAGAUGUUUGCUCCUCCUUAGUGUGGCUGCAGAACAUUCUGCUUAAUACAAGACCUGGUGUCGCCGUGGCUAUGCUGGCUUUGAUCUCCUUAAGUGUUGCUGCAUCUCUCUUGGAGAUUCCGAUUCAUCUUCACGAAAUCACAACGGAGUUGCUCAAUGAAUUGCAUGUGUAGGUGCUGGCUAGAUUGUGUCCAGUUUAUUUUCAAUUCACAAUGAUGUAAAUUUGGAAAACAUGUUUCAACAUAGAACAAUUUUAUUUA